AUGGAGCCAUAUCUCGAAUCUGCCAAGGAGCAGGUCAGAACCAUUGUGCUCGACAUCAAGCGGACCUUUCUUAAUGAAUCCGAAGUGCGUAUUGCCGUGGUCAGCUACAAGGACCAUCAAUGCACAACCAACGUCGAGUUCCUUGACUUUACAACAUCAACGGACCGGGUCUUUCUUUUCUUGGACGGAUUAUAUGUUGAUUGGGGACGCGACUUUCCCGAAGAUGUUCUUGGUGGCAUCGGCCAAGCGUUGCAAGCAUCAUGGAACCAACAAACGCGAUGUAUAAUCCACAUCGGGGAUGCACCACCACACGGUCGUGGAUUGCAUGACAUAGAUAGUGACGACUAUUACAUGCCGGGAAGCGAGCCGCAUGGCCUUACCUACAAGCCGCUCCUUAGCAAGCUAGUCGAGCUCAAGAUUAAUUAUGCCCUGCUUCGCAUCCAGCCAUACACUGACCGUAUGGCUUUGGCUUUCGCUCAGGUCUAUGGGCAGCGAAAUGCGAAGCUGCACCCUUCCAACACAUACCACUCCCACCUCAAACCAGAAGGCAGCGAUAGACCAAGCAUGGGUAAAAAUCGCGUAGAGCCACAAUUUGAAGAAUUUCAGCUUGGUAUCGAGUACGGCAACCUUCAACACCUCGUGGUCACAAGUGUCACCAACUCAAUUUCCAGAACAGCUGGUCGUCUCUCGAUGACAUGGAAUGCAGCGAGUAAGAUCGAGGAGAGCGGGUUUUCUCGAAAUCUCGAUAAUAUCGAAGAGGAGAAGAGUGUUAGAAGCUGCGGUAGCCACACUGACCUGGAAGAACCCACUGAGAAGGUCUCGCCACAAUGGACGAUGCCAAGCUGGUUCGACGCGACAUCCGAGAUGCAUGGUUUCUGUCCUGCAGUCGUAAUACACGACAGUGAGACGCUGAGUAGCAUGAUGGCUGCCGAUGAGAAUAUCAAAUUGGACGUCGUAGAGCUUACAGUUCAAGCUCGGUCGAAGCCAUUUGCGCGUGGCGGUGUUCGGAAUGCAUUUUAUGCCCGUACUGCUACAUCGGACAGUCGCUUCGUGCUGAAGUCGUUUAUCAGGGGCACCAAUGACAAUCGUGCCAAAGUGAUCGAGGACAUGCGGAUUCAGACACUAUGCAAAGCUUUUGCUCUCGAGUUCAACGGCCUUCUCGAGAUCGAACCUCCUCUGGACUUUGUCGUGACAUCCUGCCUGCAGACCAAUUCGAAAACAUCUCAUGGGCCUAAAGGUGAAUGCAUGUCGCUUGAGCGCUUUGUAGAGGGCGAAUACACCAAGCACAAUAACAACAUCGGCUGGGUAGAUGAGAAUCUGUCCGGCGAUUCAUUCAGUCAGAUGGCCCAAGCGUUUUCGCAUUUCACCUUCGAGCGCUCGUGGGGGCUCUUCUUGGUCAACGAUCUUCAAGGGGUAAACCAUCUACUGACCGACCCAGCUAUCCAGACUCGCGACCAAGAGAGAUUCAAGCUGCAUGAUACAAACUUGGGCGAGUCGAGCUUCAAACUUUUCUUUGUCCGGCACGAGUGCAAUGCAUUCUGUCACAAAUUAGGUCUGAAGAGCAACCGAGAGAUGUUCAUAACAGGCAACUUUGACUCCAGAAAGGAGUGGCCGACUAUGGCUCCCACCGUGUGUUGCUCUAACAAGCUCUGUCGCAGCAUCAUACUCGUGGCCAAUUCCCACGAGUCCGUAGAGUUCUCCGGCCACCGUUGGUGUAGCAUAUGCUGGAAGCAACUGAACAGCCCCACUGUUCGAUGGUCAUGCACCGAGAGUGGUUCAAAGCAUGAGUUUGAGGUGUCGAAGUUCUUUUACGAGUCGCAGGGCCAGUACCCGCCACACAAAUGUCCUGCUCACCGUGAGAAAGAUGUCGCAGACUCUAGCGCCGGAACAGCUGGUGGGAAAAUGUGGAACAGGAUGAAAUCUGCAGGCUCGAAGGGUUCGCUGCUAGGGAACAAAUGGUGA